AUGAGACAUUUUGCUGAUUUCAGUCUCCUCAAACUCCAAUCAGCAGAAGUGGUAAAUGACCCUCAUGAACUGAUCUCUUUUGUCUCAGCAAAGUUGACCUCUAGAAGACCCCAAGAGUACUCCAAGGCAAGGGAGAAGCUCAUGGAAGCCAGUCAACAGAUAUUACGAAAAGGCAAUAUUCUUAAUGAAGAGAUCCUUUGCAAAGAGAAAGAAAGUCGUGAAACAGUUGUGGAGAAGAUGGAUCGAUUCGAUGCCAACUUGGAGCAGAUCAGCAUAAAGUUGGCUCGACUUCUGGGAGAAUUCGGCUCAAAUCAGGCCAAAAAUGAAAAAAAGCUAACUCAUUUGGAGAAUCAACAUUUCGAAACAGUACCACUCAGUGCCACUGUGCGACAACAGCCCUUCCCAGAUAAGAAGACAAUGAGCCCAGUGGAGUGCGAUCGAUGUAUCGAACUUCACUAA